CCUGCAAUUCUUGCAAAAGAAAAAUGGCCAGACAAGGAGAUGGUUUUGAGGGAAACGUGCAACAUCUUCAACAUAACCCUAUAUACAACUGCAAAACAUGCAACAAGGAUUUUGAACAUGCUAUUCACUGGUAUGACCGUUUAUAAAGAUUAAUCUUGCUACCUUUGUAAUAUAUCAGUAUUAUAUGUUCAUAUACUAAUUAAAACAGUGGGUUUUUAGUUACUAUUUGGUUGUACGUAUCUCUGAUGACUCAAAGGGAGAAGCCAAGUUUUUGCUUUUCAACAAUAUUCCGGAGAGGCUCAUUAGGAGACCUGUGUUUGAGUUAGUCCAAGAGGCUGCUCAGGUAUUUCUUUCAUUUUUAAUUUAGGGGGAAUUAAGAAAAUUUCAUUUCUAUUAUUCUAUAUAUUCUUUGAAAGAUGUAUAUUUGUUUUACAGGAAAAUCCACAUUUUCUACAUCAAUCUCUAACUGAUUUGAUUGUGAGAAAACUUCUAUUUAAGAUCACUAUCGGAACUUAUGGUCAACAAGAACAGAAUUCAGCAUAUGUUGUUGAUUUAGUGAUUGAUGAUCCAGACAUAAUUCAACACUUUGAUCCACAUGUAAUAUUUAAAAUAGUGAUAACUCAAAAUUAAUUUUGCCCAGUAUAAGUUCUAACAAAAUUUUUUUUUGCAGCCGCAUUUUGUGAUUUUUAAUGAUUAUGAGUCGGAAGAGGACUGAUGCUAAUCCAAAAUUAAGGAACAAAGUUGAAGUCCAAUAUGCCCGUCAAAGUGCAAGAGUUUAAGAAUAAAUUUGUUUUUGUUCUCUUCAAAUUUCAUAAUGUUUUCCAUUGUCUCUCUUUUAGGUUUUAUAGUUAUGAGAAUGAAUUAUGAGGUGUUAUUUGGUUCGUUAUAUAGAACACCUCCUUGAAUCUAUUUUUUUGUCCACAUUAUAGCAAAAUUAUUGUUUAAAACUUUAAAUUUUUAAACUUAUCACUAGAAGAUAUUAUAGACUUAUAUAUCUAAAUUGCUAAAAUAAGGUUGUUAUAUAUAUGUUAAAGUUCAAAAAAAUCAUAAUUAAUAAAGGAACAAUGUAAAAGAAGGUAAUAUUGAAUUAUAUUGUCAUAAAGUGUUUUCCAAUAAAUAUCAUAUUCACUUGCGCAAAGAAUAGAUACAUGGUAAGAAUUUGAUGAGGAAACUUUAUUUGGCAACAAAGGAUUAUACGUAUAUUUUGAAGAUGAUAUAACCUAAUGGUCAUGGAUCGAUUUCUAUUAUAUUUUUCUGAAGAGGUCGGCUUCUGAACUCUAUAUCUUCGACUUUCUUUCAAAAUAUAUUAGUUUAUUCAAGCUUUUAUUCUAAUUGCAUACGAUUCAAUCUAUACGUAGUGUUUUCGUCUUACUGAAAACACAAGCAUUCGAUUUAGAGUGGGAAGCAUGAAGAGAAGUAAUCCAGUGUCUAAAGACACGGGGAAUAAACCACAGAAGAGAAAAAAAACAGUGUAUGUUCUACUGAAAAUAAAUAAAAACCUUUAUAAAUUAUGAAUUUUCGCACUACCGAAUACAAAGAAUGAUACGUAAUCGUUCUAAUGAAAUCAGGGCAAGUGAUAGUUGGUUAAUUUUUCACAGACUUAUUAUGUUGACGCAGGUACCAAUGACAAAGAGAAUACUCCAAUGGGGAAUAUAACACAAAACUCAUCUAUCACAAACGUUUCACCUCUGCCCAGUAUAAAUCCUUUUAGGACGCCCUUUCAUAAUGUUACGAAUCAAGUAUUUCGACCCAUUAUUCCACAACCAUCAGAGGCUAAUCCGUCAAAAAUCGUUGAAAAUACAUCGACACAUACUGUCCCAUUAAGUUGUGUUUUUCAAAGUUUUAAAGAUGGACUAACACAUCAAGCUAGAGCUGCGCGAAAGGAAAUACUGAAUAACAAAAGAACAAUAGGACUUACUACCUCAAAUAGAGGUUAGUCUCCUAACGCUUUCAUUUUCCCCACGUUUAUUCUUAUAAAUCUAUUGAAAAAAAAACAUUUCUGAAAAAUUCAUUUUCAUUACAUUCCACAGUUACCAGGAUUUUCAAGCCAACCAAGGCAUCAGUUGUACCACAUCCAGGUAUAAGUUUCUUUUCAAAGCAAGAGUUACAAGGCUUUUUAAAGAAUUACUGGAAGAACCCUUUGUGAAAAUUAGCUUACUUAUUUAUCUGUUCAUGCUACUUAUGUCUGUAGGUUCCUAUAAUUCAGUGCAAAGUUCACCUACUCUUGCAAAUUUGAGUAGUUCUGGAAUCAACAUGCACCCAUCGAGUAAUAGCAUUUUUUACUAAUUACUGCAUAUUAUAUAAGUAUGAGUAAAUAGUAUGAUCGUAUACAAAUAGUAAAAAAAAUAGUAACUAAAAUUUGCAAGGUCAGCACAAGUUUCGUAUAAUAAAAAAAUGUCAUCCGUUUAGGUACAAUUGGUAAUCAAGAAACUAUAUCCCGGAGUACCAGCAUUUCCUUGAGGAAACGAAAGACACUUGGAUCACCUCCAUCGGUGAAUUCAAAGAGAAGACAAAAGGAAGGUAACAACGGGUUUUAAAUAAUGUUUUUCGUUUGAGGUGUUCUAUGCUACUAUUUCAAAAGUGUGACUAAACUUAAACAAAUUGUAACAGCAAGACAAGGUCCCAACAUGACACGACAAACAAAUCCGACUCUUCCAGCAGUGUCUGUAGCAGAUGCACCUCCUGAAGGUAAUUUUUUAGAUAUUUUUAAUCGUACUAAUAUGAUGUCUACUGAAAGGUAAAAAUUAAUAUUAUACCUAUUUCAUGAAUUUAUUUGUGCUAGACCUUUGUUUAUAUAUGUAAAUUAAUAUUUUUCAGCUACUCAAAGUCCAUUCCAACAAACCAAAACUAAUGAAUUCAUUCCUCCACCAAGGUUCAUCGUCGAGGACCAUCCUGAAGGUAAAAUGUCUAUUUCAUCUAUACAUAGACAAUAAAUUAUAUUCAUGGAUGAUAUAUUUUGACUUUGUAAUACACUUUUUCACGCAGCUUACAAUAAUCGAUAUGAAAUUGAAAGUGAGUCUGAAAAUGAAAAUGAAGAUGAGGAGAAUCAGACUUACACUACCUAUCCAGCUGGAGUGUCUUUGAUAAACCCAUCACCACAACAUAUCACACAACAAACUAAUAAUACAGUUACUUCGCCUAUUAUCAUCGGGAUACAAAAAAACAUGACCUGAAAAUUACUACAAUGUUUCUUACAAAAAAAUAACCACAUAUUAGUUUGUUUUUUUAAUGAAGAUAUUUUCUUACACAGGUUACUACGACGACGGAGAUCCAGGUUGGAAUUGUACGUUUUGUCAAGCAUAUAUGUGGUAUGGUGAAAGAAUUGGAAAACGCCGGCGUAGUUCCAAUCAUGUCUUCACAAUGUGUUGUAAACGUGGUAAAUUUGUACUUCCUCGGCUCGCGAAUCCUCCAAUGGAGUUAAUGACUUUGUUAUGCAAAGGAGACGAGUUAAGCAAACAUUACCGAGAGUUCAUACGAGCUUACAAUAUGAUGUUCUCUUUCACAUCUCUUGGGGGGGAAGAUAGAUCAUUCAAUUAACAAUGGUCGUGGACCAUUUGUUUUCCGAAUGUCCGGUGAGAACUAUCAUCGUAUUGGUGAUAUAGUUCCCGAGCCUGGACAAGCUCCGAAAUUUUCCCAGCUCUAUAUCAUUGAUACUUUAAAUGAGAUCAAAAAAUAGACUUGACGCUUAUGCCGGGUAAUUUUCUUCAUUAUAUGAACUUACUAUGAUUAUAUUGUACAGACUGUAGUAUGGUCGACAUUUUGUUAACUUAUAUUAAAAAUUAAAAAAAACUUUGCAGGUCUGACAGAGCUGCUGCUAAGAAACUAAGAGAACCACUUGUUCUUCUUCUGAAGAAUAUGUUAGAUCAGUGUAACCCUCAUGUCAAGGCUUUUAGGUCUGCAAGAGACAGAUUCGACGUGGAAGGAUCAACAGGUUAUAGAAUGAGAUUGAUUGAAACUCGACAAUCUGAUGGACGGACCCAUAAUCUGCCGACUGCAAAUGAAGUGGUUGCUUUGAUACCUGGAGAUUUUGUUUUAAAUAUGGAGACACGAGAUAUUGUUCUAAAGAGUAAGAGUGGAAAGUUGCAAAGGAUAAGUGAAUUACAUCCGGCGUAUUUGCCUCUGCAAUAUCCACUAUUGUUUCCAUAUGGAGAGGAUGGCUUUCGAUUAAAUAUUCCUAUUGGUUUUGAAGACAGCACUGCGAGAAAACACAAGAAUGUAACUAUGCGUGAGUACUUUGCAUUUUGGAUUUUAGAGAGGAGGUGGGAAGCACUUACAAUUACAAGAUCAGGCAGAUUGUUUCAUUAGUUCCUUGUGGACGCUUACACAAUGAUAGAAUCGAGUAGACAGCGUUACUUGUGGCUGAAUCAGAAAAAGCUCCGGUCAAGUAGUUACGCUGCAAUCCAGAAAGCAGCUACAAGAGCUGGAGCUAAGAUGACUGAGCAAGGGAGCCAAAUUUUCAUUCCAGCAACUUUCACCGGUGGAAAAAGGUAUAUGAAGCAGCACUACUAUGAUGCCAUGGCUCUGUGCAAAUACCAUGGAUUUCCAGAUAUUUUCAUCACUUUUACGUGCAAUCCAAAAUGGCCUGAAGUUACAAGGUAUCUGAAAAAAUAUAACCUGACCACCGAAGACAGACCAGAAAUAUUGUGUAGAGUUUUCAAGAUGAAACUCGAUAAUCUUAUCGGCGAGUUGACUAAAAAUAACGGCUCCUUAUUUGGGCCUGUUGCUGCAGGUAAAUCUCCUUUACAUGUUGCUUAUAUUAAUUGUUUAAGCAAAACAACUAAUGUAGAUAGUAUUUUGUUUGUAAAAAAUUUCUAAAUAUUUUAUUUUUUAUGUUGUCAGUAAUGUACACGAUUGAGUUUCAGAAAAGAGGAAUGCCACACGCUCAUAUUCUUGUCUUCAUGGAAAAAGGAUCAAAAUUUCCAACAGCCGAUGAUAUAGAUAAAAUUAUUUCCGCUGAAAUACCAGACAAGACAGUAGAUUCAGACCUGUAUGUAAUCGUUGGGGAUAGUAUGAUGCAUGGUCCUUGCGGUGCAGGAAAGAAGGAUAAUGUAUGUAUGGUUAACGGUAAAUGUUCUAAGAUGUUUCUGAAAACUCUCAACAUCAGGACAUCGAUUGACGCAAAUGGAUUUCCAGCUUACAUGCGUCGGAUUGAUGGUAGGUUCAUUGAGAAAAAUGGAAUCAGAUUAGACAAUGGAUUUGUUGUACCAUACAACAGAGACCUCAUGCUUCGAUAUCGCGCGCAUAUGAAUGUCGAGUGGUGCGUCCAAACACGAGCUGUUAAGUAUCUUUUCAAAUAUAUCCAUAAGGGACCUGAUUAUGCCUCAGCUGCAAUGGAUAAAGAAGAUGAAGAUGGCGUCAUUGACGAAAUCAAAACAUAUUACGACUGCAAGGUAUUAUUAUAUUUAAACCAAUUCGUGUUAGUAUCUACAAAUUACAAAAUUCUAUAAAUUUAUAACAAUAUAUUUAAAAUUCAGUAGAAACUCUAUAAGCAAUUCAUCAAUCAUAGAAGAUCAAUAAAUUAAUACUAAUUAGAAUAUUGAACUUUAUAUAUUAACUUCAUUUCUCCAAUCCAAGUUUGGGGAAAUGUAAAAUAUCAUAUAAUACGAAAAAAAUAAUAAGAUAAUAAAGGAAAGACGUCAAGUUAGUUAAAUAUAUGAUCACACUCAAGUUCUAAGUCAAUAAUAUCAUAUAUUAUAUUCGUUGGAUGUUAUAAUAUACAAUUUUUUCCAGAAUUUUUACUAUAUGUUUUUGUAUAUAUCAUUUUUAUUAUCAUUUAUAAUUUAUUAAUAAUACAUAUAAAACAAAAUUUGUAUUCUACCCUAUGUCUUUGCAAAGGAAAUGAAAAUACAUCAAUAAUCUAUUACUAUUAGUACAAAUAUAUAUGUAUAAGCUUUAAAAAAUAUAUAAUACCAUAGAUGAAAUUUAUAUAACUCAUUUGUUUACAAUAAAAUAAAUACAUUAUUAACAAAUAGAGUUUAUCUGUCUUUUACAUUUUAAGGUCUAUGUUCAUCUUUACUAAUCUAUGUUUUCGUAUUUCUUAAUUAGAUAUAUUACUGCAUGCGAGUCGUCGUGGCGGAUUCUUGCUUUUCCUACACAUUUUCGUACUACUUCUGUAGAGAAACUUGGCUUUCAUCUUCUGGAUCAGGAACUGGUAUUUUUUUAUGAAGACGAACCUAUUGAGAGUAUUCUCAACAAAAAGACUGUCAACCAAUCCAAGUUUUUGGCCUGGUUCAUAGCAAACAGAAAAUACGCAGAGGCAAGAGAGUUGACAUAUGCCGAAUUUCCAACAAAAUUCGUGUGGAAAUCAGGUACGAGAGAAUGGGUACCACGGAAACGAGGCUUUGCGAUAGGGAGGAUUGCGCAUAUUCAUCCAUCAGGUGAUGAGCUAUAUUUCUUAAGAGUAUUGCUAAAUUGGGUAAGAGGGCCGACAUCAUACGAGGAUAUAAGAACAGUUGAUGGUGUUUUAUAUCCUACAUACGAAGAUGCUUGCUAUGCGUUGGGAUUGAUGGAUGAUGACAAGAAAUUCAUAGAAGCUAUCAAAGAUGCCAGUGACUGUAGUUCUGCCACGUAUGCCAGGAAGCUUUUUGCGAGAAUGUUGGUUUCCAAAUCUUUGUCUCAGCCUCAUGUUGUGUGGGAAGCUACUUGGGAGUAUCUUACCGACGAUAUUCUUUACAAGAAGCGGCGAGAAACUGGACGACCUGAUAUGAACUUGACCAUAGAGCAGAUCAAAAAUAUUGCUCUUACUGAGAUCGAAAAUCAUUUGCUCAGCAAUGGUCGUAGCCUCAAGAAAUGACCCCACAUGCCAAAGCCAGAAGAUUUUGGCUCUUACAACGGCAAUCGCCUUAUAGAUGAUGAGCUUAAAUAUGUUGUGGAAGAUCAGCUAAAGGAAAAUGAAAGACUUAUGGCGAUGAUAACAGAUGAGCAAAGAGGGGUAUACGAACAGAUUCUGGAUGCAGUUUUAAAUGAUAGCGGUGGAGUGUUCUUUCUUUAUGGUUAUGGAGGCACAGGAAAAACCUUCGUAUACAGAGCACUCUCAUCAGCGAUCCGAUCUAGAGGUAUGAUUGUUCUAAAUACUUCAUCAAGUGGAAUUGCAGCAUUGUUGUUGGAAGGAGGUAGAACCACACAUUCCAGAUUUGGUAUUCCGAUAGAUGCAGACGAAUUCAGUACUUGCAAGGAAAUGGAGUCAGGAUCAGAUCGUGCAGAAUUAGUUAAAGCGGCAAAGUUAAUUGUAUGGGAUGAGGCGCCUAUGAUGAGCAGACACUGUUUCGAGACGUUGGAUCGCACUAUGUGUGAUAUUAUAAGAUCUUCUGAAGACAUACCUUUUGGGGGUAAAGUUGUUGUUUUCGGUGGAGAUUUCAGACAGAUUUUACCGGUUAUACCUGGAGGUGGUAGAGCAGAGACUGUUUUGGCGGCUCUAAAUUCGUCAUAUCUUUGGGAGCACUGCAAAGUUUUGAAGCUAACAAAAAAACAUGAGAUUGCUGGCUGGUCUAACUGAUGAUGCAGCAAAAGACCUUCAAUCCUUCUCAAACUGGAUUUUGGAUAUUGGAGAUGGAAAAAUAAAUUUGCCUAACGACGGCCAAGUUGAGAUUGAUAUCCCUUCUGAUUUGCUGAUACAAAAUAGUGGAGAAGAUCCUAUUGAGACUAUGGCAAAAGAGGUUUAUGGACAAGCUUUUCAAACCUCGACAGAAAAGGAUUUGUAUAGACAUCGAGCCAUUCUUACUCCCACAAAUGAUGAAGUGGAUAAAAUAAAUGAUUACAUGCUUUCGCAGUUGCUAGGUAACAUGUUUUAUCAUUUAUUCUUAUGUUCAACUAACUUUUUACAUAUCACUAAACAAAAGGAUUUACAUAUGCUUUCAGGAGAAGAGAAAGUUUACCUUAGCUCUGACAGUAUUAUCCCAUCCGAUGUUGACAUAGAAGAAAAUGUAGUAUAUCCUGCAGAGUUUUUGAACAGUGUUAAAGUGGCUGGACUGCCUAGACAUUGUUUGAAGCUCAAGGUUGGUGCUCCUAUCAUGUGUCUUCGUAACAUGGAUGUUGCAGAUGGCUUAUGUAAUGGUACUAGGCUAAUUGUUACUCAGUUACUGCCCCAUGUGAUAGAAGGUAGAAUUAUAACCGGAAACAAAAUUGCUGGACAUCCGGUUUGGAUUCCUAGAAUGUUUGUCACACCACCUGACACAAAGUUUUCCUUCAGAAUGCGUCGAAGACAAUUUCGAGUUACUUUGGCUUUCGCGAUGACCAUCAACAAAAGUCAAGGUCAAACACUCGAAAGUGUUGGGUUGUUUCUGCCUAGGCCAGUGUUCUCUCAUGGUCAGCUCUACGUUGCACUUUCAAGAGUUAAGUCAAGAUCUGGAUUAAAAAUUCUAAUAACUGAUAAAGAAGGGAAAACGCAGACAAAAACAUUGAAUGUUGUCUACAAACAAGUUUUUCAGAAUAUUCCGUAGUCACAGUACGUAAUUUUAAUCUACUUUCUUUUCAAAUAUAAAUUUUUAAGUAUAUAAACUGUUACAAUUAUUUAUUUUUUGUAUUUGCCAGAUUGGUAGUGAUGAGUUAGGAGACCGAUUGUAUUCAGGAGCAUCCCGUUUUCUGACUACUUCGUGUCAUGACGGUAUGUCAAUUUAAUAUUAUUUCAUGUUAAUUUUUAUUUAGAAACUUAUAAAUCUAUCAAAUAAUGUUAACCCGUCAAAUUGCUUACAAAAUUUAUUUAUUUUUUUCAGGUUUCUAAUUGAUUUUGCUUUAUUUUCGUCAAUUGUACUUCAUAAUUUAUAUUGUUUAUGGAUAAUAUUUUGAUUUUUAUUUUGAUUAUAUUUUCUUUUAAACAUUUCAUAGUUUUAGAAGUAUCAAAUUUACUGAAAUUAAUUUUUUCAGUUUUCUAAUUGAUUUUGCUUUAUUUUUCUACAAUUGUACUUCAUAAUACGCUUGUUUAUGGAUAAUAUUUGAUUUUGAUUUUUAUUAUAUUUUCUUUUAAUAUGUCUACAUAAAUGUUUUUUUUAUUAUUAAUGGAAAAAUAAUAUUAUUCACCAACAUUAAAGAAUUACGACAUAUAUACAAUACAUUUCUAAUUAAUGAUAAUAUAAAAUCUGAUACUUCUAAAACUAUACACUAUUUAUUCUAUAUUUUGAAUGAAAGUUUCUUUGUAAACACACAAAUUAUUUUGGGACGUUGCAACUAUACAUACACACAAUAUCUGCCUCUUCAUACUGAAGUUACACAGUUCCCUCUCGUCCAUCUCAAAUAUUGAGUACCAGCUUUUUUUCAUGGCUGGUGAAUUUUUCCAAAGGCGAUGGUAUUAUAUUAUAAAAUCCGUUACUUCUAAAACUAUAUAAGAUUUAGUCCAUAUUUUGAAUUUUCUUAUGCCCGCACAGGGUGCGGGCCGGUCACCUAGUAUAUGAAUAUAACAGAUCGAAUUAGAUAUAUGUUCCUAAAAAUAUUGGUAUUUGUGAUUUGCUUCUUUUUUAGAUAUUGUAUUCUAGUAUUUGAUUUGUUUCGUAGAGUUACGGAUAUCCAGAUUUUUUUUGUUCAAAUCAAAACGGAUAACGAAUCGAAUCAAAAUUUAUGAAUAUUUUGCUAAACUUUAUCCGUAAACAAUAAAAAUAAUAUAUAUAUAUAUAUAUAGUUUGGUUUUUGAUUCGUUAUCUAUUUUUAUUCGGACCCAAAAAUAUAGAGUUUUAUUGGAACCGUGUAUGUGAGUUUUAUAUUAAAAAAAAUCGCAAAGUACAUAGCAUGAAGACAUUUAUGAAUAUAGUGUGAACGCGUUAACAUACUUAUUAUUAAAUCAUUAUAAGACUGUCACGUGUCUAUUAUAGUGUGAAUGCAUUUAUUACAAUGCUUCUCUUUUAAUAUAUAAGGGAUGAGAAAAUCCCAUAACAAGCAUGCUUGAGAUUUGAGACUUACAUAUAUGUUCAGUCUAUGUCUAUAUAUUAAUAGGACGUUUAUAAGAAGUUAUUUAAAAAAAAAGUUUUUUUAAAACAAAUAGUUUAGUUAAUUACUUGUAGAAUAUAUUUCACUUCUGUUUUCAACAGCUCGUAUCAAUUGGGGUGAGUUUCUUAUGCUGCACAGCUAGUAGAUAUGAACUUAUGAAGUGUACAAGUAGGACGACAAAAUAAGUCGUGUAUCCUUUGCAGUUUAUGUGGUAGAAACGUGAUAUGUCCUAGUCCUUCGGAAAUUUUGUCUUUCCUCCCCUGGAUACUACCUUCACUUCGAGUACUAAUUUAUGUAUAUAUUUCCUACAAGUUUCCCACCUUCACGUCAACGGUCAACAAAACAUGAAAGUACGUUAUAACCGGCGAAAAGUUAUAAUUUUUAGAUCAUUUCAUAACUUGAAUAAUGAUUAUUAUCAUAAGCCAUGUUAGUAUUUCAAUCAAUCGAACUAUAUAUGAAUCAUUUUUUUGGUUAUAAAAUACAUUAGAUGGCGAACGAACGUCUACUCCUACAGGUGGGCGUCUAGAGCGGUAAGAUUGUUUUCGAUUUAAGAUUUAUAUAGUUUACGUAAACGUAAUAACUAGGUGCAUGUCUUAUUAAACUCCGGAGAUUUGUUUUGCCUGACAUUUUCUUUACGUUACAACGCCGACUGCAUUUCGAACAUAUAAAACUUCUUAGAGCUAGCAAAAUUCUGAAUUUACAAUCAGAUGAUAGAAGUCGGAAGAGUAUUUACAUGCGUUGAGCUUUGAGCUAAAUUGUAUCGAAUGUUACUGUGAGUCUGUGAGCUAUAUAAUAUAAGUAAAUGGAAAUGAAGAAGAACUCAAGCACAUAAGUGCACAUGAGUUAUAUUUCGAAUAACAUCAAUUCCAUUAAUGUCGCUCUUCUGACUGAUGAUCUCACUUCCU